AUGGCUCCAGAUCUGAACCUGCGCGCUCCAGCAUCAAUUUUACAGAAGACACCGUUUAAAUACUAUACGGAAAGCCACCGACCCGGAAGCUCCCCGGCAAAACUCACAAGGUUUGCACCAGACCGCCGAGAUUGGGUGCUCUACGACUCCGACCAGGAGAACGAAUUCUUAUCGUGGUGGCUGGAGACCGACUAUGGAAAGCAGCUGACCAAAAAUUGA